AUGAAUAGUGUCGCUGGAGAGGAUCUUGCGUGCACUGAUGAAAUAAAGGUGUAUGAAGAUGAAGGAGAGGAGGAUGAGCAGGUCAAAUCAUCAGAAAAUUUAACUGAGGAUAAGGUCGGCCUAGUCAUUGAAAGUGAAGGACAGUGCCUUUCUGUUGCAUCUCCCCCUUUUUCCCCAUUACUUGUGGCUGACAAUGGUCGUCAUGGUGGCAACCGCACUUCCGCCAGAAUGACUGCUGCUUACAAGAACAAUUGCUCCACACGCAAACCGUGGUGGCGAAAGCGAAUCCCCUCCCAUCCCACCCCCAGCACACUGGAAGGGCGUCACCUCUGA